AUGGAGUAUGGUAACCAGUAUGCCACUAAUGGACUUGAAGAAGAACAAGUACUUGUGUCAUUUAACCUCAGCACCGAAACAUUAUUUCGAACCACAUCAAUUGUUUGGCUGCAAGAAAAUGAUGAUAGCCCUAUCAGAACUUUGGCGGUGCUCAAUGAGUCUGUUACUCUGAUUUCCUCUUUUGCUAAGAAUAAUCGCAUUGAAAUAUCCAUUUUGGGUGAAGUUGAUGUGAAGAAAUCUUGGGUGAAGCUUUUCACAUUUGAACUCUUUUCAUUACAACUUUGUCAUCCAAUGAGAAUGGGCAACAAAUGUGAUCUAAUAUUUUUUAUCAGAAACUACAACAGUGAAUUGGUUUUCUUUGAUGUCAUCACGGGCAAAGUAAUUCACAAUAUUAAUAUCAAAACAAGUAUGUUUAGUACAUGA